AAUCACUUGAUGACUGGUUUGUCAGCAUAAUGACUUCUAUGAACAGAACCAGUGAAAUAAUUACAAAGCUCAAAGAAAGCAAACAAUGUCUCCUGAAGGAGAUAAAUGAAAAGCGUGAAUCCAACUGCCUUGUGGAAAGAAGCAAUCAAGUCAGUUUACUGAGAGUUCAAAAGAGGCAUUUCAGUGGUGCCUAUAUGCCCUCAACUCACACCCAAAUCAAAGAAUACGUUCCUGAUAGUGGCAGGAGCUCCUGGGUCACACUGAGUCUCCUUGCUCACACGGAGAAAAAGCACUUUCCUGCAAAAAAUAAUGCCAUAUUUGGAUAA